AUGAGCAGCUGACGACGUUGUCACCCAAAAGGAAGCAACGGAAUGGAGGCAUGAGGAAUUCGCCCAACUCUUCUCCCAAACUGAUAAGACAUGAUCCUUUAUUAAUUCCUGGCAACGAACAAGUUGACAACAUGGAUUGCAACGUGAAAAAAUAUGACUCCACAGGAAUGUUUCAUUGGUGUCCCUCAAAGGAGAUUGACAAGGUUAUUUUGACCCGAAGUGAAGCUGCUAUGACCGUCCUCAGCGGCCAUGUGGUGGUUUGUAUAUUUGGAGAUAUGACGUCGGCACUGAUAGGCCUGAGAAAUUUUGUGAUGCCACUCCGAGCCAGCAACUUCCACUACCACGAGCUCAAACACAUCGUCUUUGUGGGCUCCCUGGAAUAUUUAAGGAGGGAAUGGGAGACCAUGCUUAACUUCCCCAAGCUCUCCAUUUUACCAGGUACACCAUUAAGCCGAGCUGAUUUAAGAGCUGUCAACAUCAACCUCUGUGACAUGUGCGUCAUCCUGUCAGCCAAUCAGAAUAAUAUUGAUGACACUUCGCUGCAGGACAAGGAAUGCAUCUUGGCGUCACUCAACAUCAAAUCUAUGCAGUUUGAUGACAGCAUUGGAGUCUUGCAGGCUAAUUCCCAAGGGUUUUCGCCACCUGGAAUGGAAAGGUCUUCGCCCGACAAGAGUCCAGUGCAUGGCCUUCUCCGUCAGCCCUCCAUUACAACGGGGAUUGACAUCCCUAUUAUUACUGAGUUAGUAAACGAUUCUAAUGUUCAAUUCCUGGAUCAAGAUGAUGACGAUGAUCCUGACACAGAACUCUAUCUCACCCAGCCUUUUGCCUGCGGAACAGCCUUCGCAGUUAGUGUCCUGGAUUCCCUCAUGAGUGCGACGUACUUCAAUGACAACAUUCUCACCCUGAUACGUACUUUGGUGACGGGAGGGGCCACGCCAGAACUGGAGUCCCUAAUCGCUGAAGAGAAUGCGCUCCGGGGCGGCUACAGCACCCCACAGACGCUGACCAAUAGGGACAGGUGCCGGGUGUCUCAGCUGGCCUUGUUGGAUGGACCUUUUGCAGACCUUGGGGAUGGUGGUUGUUAUGGAGAUCUAUUUUGUAAAGCUUUGAAAACUUACAAUAUGCUCUGCUUUGGAAUAUACCGAUUAAGAGAUUUCAACUCAAGCACGCCUAGCCAAUGCACGAAACGUUUUGUUAUAGCCAAUCCACCUUAUGAAUUCGAGCUGGUGCCGACGGACUGGAUCUUCUGCUUGAUGCAGUACGACCACAACGCCGGCCAGUCUCGGGCGAGUCUCUCUCACUCUUCCCACUCUUCUUAUGCGUCUAGCAAGAAAAGCUCUUCGGUCCAUUCUCUGACAGCUACGGCGAAUCGACAGAACCGCCCAAAGUCCAGGGACUCCCGGGAAAAGCAGAAGUACGUGCAAGAAGAUAGACUCUGAUCCAUGUCUCUCCUCUCCCUGUGUGUGAAGCUGUAUCCACUCAUUCUUUCCUAAUUGGUGUGUCCAAUAAUUAGCUUCCUCCUGUUCUCCUUGGCUUUCCCCCAUGGAUCCCCCAUUUUAUACACAUACGUAUGACAGUGUGCAUGUGGUUGUCAUUUUUAUUUUGAUACCAUGAAACCCUUUUUAAGCACAACAGCAACCAAGCAAAUGGACCAAAACCUCAUUGACGAUUGCAGAGCAGAUCUGAUAAAGAGCGAACUGCUAAAUAGCACAGCGAUUUUUUCUCUCCAAGUGAGAUAAUGGAUUUUGGGUUGGGUUUUUUUUUAUAAAAAAAGAAGUCAACUCCAGAAAUAGAUGUACCUAAGGAAAAGAGUAAGGGACCUGGCAGCUCAAUGCCGAGCUUGUUGAUCAGAAAGGUCGGCAGUUUGGCGGUUCGAAUCCCUAGCGUAACGGAGUGAGCUCCUGUUACU